GACUUGAUUAACUGCGGCAGGUAAUUUUUUCCUGUGUGCCUAUAUAUCAGAAGUGAAACAUCUGAAACGAUGUGUAUCUAUUAUUUCGUUUUACGCCGGUGUUAUAAUCUGGUCAAUGGAUGAAUUAGUUAAUUACUCUGAUUCAGAUUCCUAUGAGGAGAGUUGUUCAACAUCGGGGCAAUCAAAAACAAAUGAUUUGUCAGUGAACUCAUCAAGUCAUAUUGUUUAUAAGUCUUUGCCAGAUAAUGUCAAUGAUGGGGAUGUUGGCGAUAUUCGAGGGGAAGAUUUCUUCAACCUAAAAGACGCCGAUGAUAAAGGCAACUUCUGGACAUCAACAAUACAUGAUAAUGAUUUACUGUUACCGUGUCCUGUAGCGAAUGUUAAAACCAAUCAAGAGGAAAAAAUAUUAAAAGAUGAAAAUAUCUCCUGGCGUCAUCAUCAUCAUGGGAAAAAUGAUUUUAGUCGUCAGAGAAGAGAAAAGGCACAAGAAAUUGUAACUGAUGAUAAGAAUAAAUUUUAUAUUUCUCAUGUAAUUGAUUAUAGACAUUAUCAGACCUUAGGUAUUCAUCACUACAAUGAUGUCAUAAUCUAUCCACGUUUAUCUCUUCAAUGGCCGUAUCUUGCAUUAUAUGGACCUUUGCUAGCCUCUAGCAAACAAUCGAAUCAUUCAUCCCAGUGUAUAUCGUCACAUAUUCUAAUCUGGAAGUUACCAUUUGAUAAUAGUGCCUCAAAAGCUACCUAUACACCAAUUUGUAGCUAUCAAAUUCAUCGAAAUCAUGAAGUGACCUCCUCCUCGUCAUCAUUGUCGUCGUUGUCAGCUUGCUCAAGACGAGAUCAUUACUGUUGGAUGAAAUUUCGUUCAGCUGAAACAGAUUCACAAUGUUUACAGGUAGUAGCAGCUACUAGUAAAGGAUUCAUUGAAUUAUGGGAUGUUCAACAGGAUAAAAGAGUCAGAGAAUUUAAUGUCUCAUCACAAACUGGACCAUUGUUACGUUGUGCUGCCUUGCCAUCAGCCGCCUAUCCAAGUUGUCUGCUAACCAGUGGUAUGAGUGGUGUGAUUAGUUUAUGGGAUCUACGUGUAUCAGCAUGGCAGAGGCCUCAGCUGAAAUUUUCUCAUUCAGAAUUAAAAGCAUCGAUUGCUGAUCUGUUAUGGCUCAAUGAACAUCAUUUCAGUUCAUGUUCAGAUACAAUAGAUCGUAAUAAUUGUGAGCAUAAUGUUGGUGUAUGGGAUAUCCGUUUCACUAAGCCAAUAUCACAUCAAUUAUAUCAAGAACGUUGGGGAUGCAAUAGAAUGGCAUUGAAACCGUUACCAUAUCCUAAUGAACAUGUUCGUUUCGCUGUACAAAGUCAGGGGGAUACAAUUAUAGAAAUUAGUGGAAGAAACAUGAAAAGAUCGACAUCAUUAACAGCAGUCUCGUGUAAUCGUUUAUCGUAUCAUUUAGAAAAAUGUUGGCGUUAUGAAGGUCAUCAGCUUCAGGGUCAUCCUUUUGGUUUAGCCUAUAACCCAUCAGGUACCCUGCUGGCUAGUGGGUCAUGGUCACAGUCUAGUCCAGUUCUAUGGGAAUCACCGAGACGUAAGCAUUCUUCAUCAUCCUAUGCUCUUAUGACAACAGCGAUGAAACAGUUACCUGAAAUUCCAAAGUCUCCUAUUUCUUCUAUUACAGAUGUUGUUUGGGUACCAAAUCAAUUUGUUUCAAACGGUUGUGAUUGUCUAAUAGCUGUUCAGUUGAAUGGUAGCAUUAUUGUAUAUAAUUCAUGAUUGCCAAUCUGUUUUUUUUUAUUGUGCAAAUUAAAGAUGUUAAAUAUUAUUGUCUAAGCUUUCUCAUAUAUCUGAUGUUGUAUACUGAAAGGGAAAAUGUUUAUUGUUGGUGUUGCCAUGAUGUGGUCCUGAGUUGAAUUGACUAGAAUGUGCCUCCACAAGAUGACAUUAUAACCAAGUGAUCACCAACUGGAAUUAUCUCUCCCACACUGACUGAGGUAGACACAAAAUUCAGACUUGGAAUAAUAGCGACUGGAACGAUCACAACAACAUGACCCCGAUUUGGGACGUAAACAUUGACGUAAAUU